AUGCUCUCUCUUUCUUUCGGUAUGAGAUUGUCUGGCUGGGUGGCUGGAACUGUCAUGUUGAUGGGGUUUUCUUGGGUCACCAACGAGACGGCAAAGAUAAUCGGCAACAUCCUAAAAAAGUACCCUCAAGCAUCCACAUAUGGUGAUAUUGCGUAUUUGUAUGGCGGAAAGAAGUUUCAGGCUUUGGCAACUUCUAUCUUCGUGGUUGACCUCGUGGGGGCCUCUGUGUCAUUGGUCCUUUUGUUUUCGGAUUCGUUCCACCUUCUUUUCCCAGAUGUGAAUGUGGGCAUUUUCAAAGCUUUAAUUAUAUGUGUGACAUUUGGAAUGUCUUUUAUGCCAUUGAGCUUGAUUUCCUCAUUCAGUGUGUCAGGAAUUUUCUCAACUAUGGGCGUUUUAGUUCUUAUCAUCAUCUGCGGCUUGUCGUCACUGGAAUCCCCUGGAUCAUUGUUCAAUACCGCAGAAAUGAACUUAUGGCCCAGAUCUGUGGGAGAAUUGAUCUUGAGCUUAGGUAUUUUUAUGGCGCCUUGGGGAGGACACCCAGUGUUUCCAGAAUUGUACAAGGACAUGCGCAAUCCGUCGAAGUAUGCCACAUGUUGCAAUAUCACAUUCAUUUCUACAUUUUGCUUAGACUUUUUGAUCGCAGCAGUUGGAUAUGUUAUGUUUGGAGUUAAAUGUGAAGACUCUUUAACAAAAAAUGUUAUGUCAGCCACCACUUAUCCAAGCUGGGUGAACCCAUUAUUUUGCAUCUUCUUGGGUAUUCUUCCUGUUUCUAAACUUUCUCUUGUGACGAGACCUAUUAUAUCAGUUUACGAGAACUACUUCCGCAUGAAUGUACAGAGUGACAUUGUCUACAAAGAUGGCCAACGAAUUUACCCAAUGACGUUACAGAAGUUAAUGGGCCGUGUGAUUUUCAUGGGGAUGAUUCUCAUCCUUUCCUUAGUCUUUACUUCUUUCGGCAGAGUGAUUGCUUUCCUCGGUAGUGCCAUUUGCUUUACUAUUUGUUUCACAUUCCCCCUCCUUUUCCACUUGGGUCUCAACUCAGAAGACCUUUCCUCCACUCAGCGACUUAUUGCUCGUACUGGAGUGGUGAUCAGUAUGACGGGCGCCAUUCUUGGGACUUGUGCCGCUCUCGCGUUUCAAGAGUCCUGA